AUGGGGGAAGUGGAUCGAAACCAUUUUAGCUAUGAUCUGAAAGCGGAUGAAGCAGAAUUGUCUGGAGGUGAGAGGAGGAAGUCAACAUGCGAAUCUUCGAACGAGCAGAAGGACGACUCCGGAAAUGCAUCUGUAGCAUCAAGCUACUAUGACACACCAAUACCUGAUGGGACGUUGCGAGGAUGGCUCCAGAUCUUGUCUGGGUUCAUGCUGUACUUCAACAGCUGGGGAAUGGUGACCGCCUUCGGCAUCUUCCAACUCCACUAUUCGAAUGUGAUGCUCCGAAGCGAAAGUAAUAGCAGCAUCUCAUGGAUCGGCACAAUCCAGGGCUUCUUGCUCGCGGUCGGAAGCGUAUUCGCAGGCUGUAUCCUUGAUCGAGGCCACCCACGUCGUCUCAUCGCUUUCGGGGGAUUCUUUGCAGUGCUGGGUCUCAUGAUGACCUCGUUGUGCACAACAUACUGGCAAAUCUUUCUGGCCCAAGGAGUAUGCAUCGGACUUGGCUCGGGUUCAUUGUUCAUCGUUGCGGUGGCAGUGAUACCAGGAUGGUUCGAGAAGAGAAGGGCAAUUGCAACAGGUCUCGCUGCGACUGGGAGUAGCAUAGGAGGUGUCGUGUAUCCCAUCACGUUCCACAAGUUGGAGCCGAUGAUCGGCUUUGGCUGGUCGCUCAGAGUGAUGGGCUUCAUGGCACUUGCGACGUGCGCUAUCUCCUUCGCAUGCGCCAACAUGCGUACUCUUCCACCUCCGCGUCCCAAGAUCGUUGACUUCAGCGGCUUUCGAGAAAUCCUCUUCACACUCUUCGCAAUCGUCUCCUUCAUCGGAGCUAUGGGACUUUACGUGCCCUUCUUCUACAUCACAGAAUACUCCUUGAAACGCGGCGGCAUCACGGGAGAACUCGUAUACUUUAUGCUGCCAAUCCUGUCAGCCGGAAGUAUUCUCGGAAGAGUUUUGCCAGCCUUCUUAGCUGAUCGAUAUGGUUGUUUGACAGUGCUCACGUUCACCACCGCCAUCUCUUCGAUUGUUGCACUGGUGUGGAUCGCGGUGACCGGACAAGCUGGGGUUAUUGUGUGGUCAUUGCUGUAUGGAGCGUUCAGCGGUACGUUUGUGAGUCUUCAGACUCCUACCAUUGCAGCCAUCACGCCAGAUUUGAGACUGGUGGGAGGUCGAAUGGGAAUGAACAAUUUCUGUCUUGCGUUGGGAGUUCUUGUGGGCAAUCCCGUCGCUGGAGCCAUUGGCGGCAGUUUCAAGGAGGAGAGCAGAUGGAUUGGGAUGCAAGUAUUCACAGGCCUAUGUCUUGCUGUUGCGGCGAUGCUUGUGGGUAUCACUUGGCAUGUGAAGGCGAAGCGAGAUCGAGCAAGUAGGAAAGAAGAUCAAUAA